UUCACUGGUAUCGCUCGCAAGAAAAGUUAUCAGUAGCGCCAAAAGGUGGACAGACUCUGCUCUGCGGUUGUUCUGUUUUGUAUAAUUUACAGUCAUUUAUAAACAAGUUUAUUCUGCUACACAAGUUUAUAACCUUCAAAAUAACUACCGUUUUAGUUUUAAUCAACAUUCGGUUUAUAGUUGUAUGCAAAGCUGGAAAAGGUCAAGAGCAAGCGUUGGAUUUACUUCGAGAACUGCAACGUUUGAACAUCGAUCUGGAUAUUCUAACGAAAACACGCAUCGGAAUGACCGUAAACGAACUGCGAAAAUGCAGCAAAGAUGACGAAGUGAUUAGCCUAGCUAAAACCUUGAUCAAGAGUUGGAAACGUUUUCUGGCCGCUACGCCCCCUUCGAAGGAAUCCACAAAGGAGUCGUCGAAAUCAUCAAGCAAAUCGUCUAGCAAGAGUUCCAGCAAAUCUGAUGCUAGUAACGCCGGCCGUAAAGAAUCGGAUAGAGAAAAGGAAUUGAAGAAGCCGGCCCAGACGAGUUUCCCUCCACCAUCGAGCAACACCACCGAUGCUGUGCGCCUUAAGUGCCGCGAAAUGCUAGCCAAUUCUUUGCGGGUGGACGGCGAGCCUCCCGAGGGUUGCCAAACACCGGAAGAGUUAGGCGAUGAACUGGAAGAGGCUAUCUUCCUCGAAUUCAAGAACACCGAUAUGAAGUACAAAAAUCGAGUUCGCUCACGCGUCGCAAAUUUGAAAGAUCCCAAAAAUCCCAGCUUGAGGAGCAACUUUAUCAGUGGCGCAAUCACUGCACAACGCCUUGCAAAAAUGACUCCCGAGGAAAUGGCUAGUGACGAAAUGAAAACUUUGCGAGAUCGAUUUGUGAAGGAAGCGAUUAACGACGCCCAGCUGGCCACCAACCAGGGUACCAAAACUGACCUACUCAAGUGUGGCAAGUGUAAGAAACGUAACUGUACUUACAAUCAACUACAGACCAGGAGCUCUGAUGAACCGAUGACGACGUUCGUUUUGUGCAACGAAUGCGGACAUCGUUGGAAAUUCUGUUAAGAGGCAGUCACGCAGUUUAAAGCCUUUUUCUCUACCUGCGAAAAGAAAAAAAAAACAUCCUAAAAAUAACUAUCAGAAACGUAAUCGAAAAUUGUAUAACGAUUACGAGUAAUUGUAACAUGAAGGUUUUGUUUGCCAGUUCAACACAUACUGAUAUCGAUUUUCGAUAGACAUUUCAUUGAGACCAGCGUUUAAACUUCAACCUGGCUUGUACUGCACACACCAACACUUAAAGAAUAGUCAAGACGUUGUUAUCCUUCAAGUUGGAAACAUAAAAUAAAGUACACCUCAAGCAUUACAGUUAUUCAGCCUGAAGCAUAAUGCUGAUUAAUUUUAGAAGAAAAAAGUACCCAUUAGGUAGUCCCUUAGUGCGUGUUGUGUUGCGCUUCAAUUAGCACCAGCAGGUCAAACGCUGCUCGAGUGCUGAUAACGUAAUUCAAAUUCAAUACUGGUCCAUUAAACACCGACACACCGAAAAUAAUUCGACAUGUAAAACUAAUUUAAGCCUGCCUAGUGUGUAAUGAAAUAAAAGUGAAAAACGUA